ACCAGUACACACGGACAAUCACAACGCGCUAAAAUCCCAUUUCCAGACUACGGAUAGACCCUUUGGGGACAGAUUCCGGAUGUGACUUUUGUAAAUUGUAUGUGUCCAGGUUUCCAUUCAUCCUUAUAGGCUUCCGACGACCCGCUUAUGAGUUGCUCUGGACCAACGACCCUCCAGCAUCCCUUCCUUAUUCACCCUUCGCCAACGUAAAUAGAAAUCCAACAUAUUGCUGUGCCGGACAUACAAAGGCACGAGACAAGGGAUUUACCAACCAACCUGCACGCCACACAGGGCUUUCUCAUCCACCGCCGUAACGUGCUCGCAUGUCGAAUUCCACAACCUCGGCGCCGUCAUCUACUUCAUCUACACUUUCUACACUUUCUCACAUUUCGCUGACGCCUUCCGUUACACAAUCUUCUUCCUCCGACCAACCUACGGUGUCGACCGUAGAGCCGACCGUGGGCUUGAGACCUCAUCCGCAUACAGACGCUGCGGCGAUUGUAGGAGGCGUUGUAGGCACGUUAUGUGGACUCGCCACGUUAUUCCUCCUCGGCCUGCUUUUCUGGAGACGGCGUAAGCGACGUGUGCUUAGGGAGAAGCAGAUGGCAAUCCGCCGUAUGACCAUUGUCGGGCCGCCAUCGUCCGAUUCGUCGUCCGCACCACCCACAUUACCCUACCCCUUCACUGGGCAAGGACAUCGUCCGGAAUCCUUCGACGGCACGAGCUUUGUCGAUAUCGAAAUGGCGGCAAAAAGCAUUGGGUCCUUGAAAGAUGAGGAAGCUGGACUUCCAUGGUCGCUACCUCCUCCUGUACCUACGCCUACCCACAAACUUCAGCGCCAACGGGCUCACAGAGUUCCAAGUCGAGGGCGGAAGCCAGUUCCUCAUGCUGGAUCAGACUCGGCAAGUCUCUAUAGCUCGAAACAAAGCGAGGUUGGGGAAGGCGAUCGAAUGAUCCUGGUUAAUGGCGUGUAUGUUCUUGCACUGGAACAUGAGAACGAGAACGAGGCCAAGAUCAUAGAAGAAAACCCCUUGCCGCCGCGCCCGCAGGACUGAGCAU